AUGUCCGACCAAGCCGCUUCCUUCGCCAAGGAUUUCCUGGCCGGUGGCGUCUCCGCCGCCCUCUCCAAAACGGCCGUUGCGCCAAUCGAGAGAGUGAAGCUCCUCCUUCAGGUUCAACACGUCAGUAAGCAGAUCGCCGCCGAUAAGCAGUACAAGGGUAUCAUCGACUGCGUUGUCCGUAUCCCCAAGGAACAGGGAUUCCUGUCCUUCUGGAGGGGUAACCUCGCCAACGUCAUCAGAUACUUCCCCACCCAGGCCCUCAACUUUGCGUUCAAGGACAAGUACAAGGGGAUCUUCCUUGACGGUGUUGACCAGCGCACCCAGUUCUGGAGGUAUUUCGCGGGUAACCUGGCGUCCGGCGGUGCCGCGGGCGCCACGUCCCUGUGCUUUGUGUACCCCCUCGACUUUGCCCGCACCCGUCUGGCAGCCGACGUGGGAAAGGCUGGAGCGGAGAGGGAGUUCAACGGCCUCGGCGACUGCCUGGUGAAGAUCUCCAAGUCUGACGGUGUGAGAGGUUUGUACCAGGGCUUCAACGUGUCCGUGCAGGGUAUCAUUAUCUACAGGGCGGCGUACUUCGGCAUGUACGACACGGCUAAGGGAAUGCUUCCGGAUCCCAAGAACACCCACAUACUGGUGAGCUGGAUGAUCGCGCAGACGGUGACGGCAGUCGCCGGCCUGGCCUCGUACCCCUUCGACACCGUGCGCAGACGUAUGAUGAUGCAGUCCGGACGCAAAGGAGCCGACAUCAUGUACAGCGGAACCAUCGACUGCUGGCGCAAGAUUGCAAAUGACGAGGGUGGGAAAGCGUUCUUUAAGGGAGCCUGGUCCAACGUGCUCAGAGGGAUGGGCGGGGCCUUCGUGCUGGUGUUGUACGAUGAGAUGAAGAAAGUCAUCUAA